CGCGCCUGCGCGCGCGCAGAGGUCGCCGCGCGAAUUUGAAUCCGAGGGCCGUGACACCGCUGGGACAUGGCGGACGCUGCCCGGCAACUGUUGGUCGCACUGCGCGAGGAAGAUCCGUGGGCUGUGGAGGAGCUGAUGCACCUCGGGGCGGACCCCAGCCUGGUGCUGGAGGAUGGCGUGGCGGCGGUGCACUUGGCGGCCCGAGCUCGCCAUCCGCGCGCCCUGCAUUGCCUCCGGAUCCUGCUGCUCCGGGGCGCCGACCCCAAUGCUCGGUCCACUGAGGCGCUGACACCCGUGCACGUGGCCGCCGUGUGGGGCUGUCGUGGCGCCCUGGAGCUGCUGCUGAGCCGAGGGGGCGACCCGACGCUGCGAGACCAGGACGGGCUCCGGCCACUGGACUGGGCUCUGCAGCAGGGACACCAUGACUGUGCACGCCUGCUGCGGGAGCUGGACACCCCCACCCGGACGCGGAAGGAGACCCUGGAAUCAAUUGAGAAGUUACCUGUAGCCCUGGCUGGCCUUGAAUCCACCAUGGGUCGAGGACGUGUCUUUGUGAGGUCUCCUGGCAUCUUUAUACCUCCGUGUUUGUCACCAGACUCAGAGCGGCUCAUGCACAGAGCUGAGCUGGCAACUGCUUGUGAGGUGGCGGUGGAACCCGGGAGCCCUGAGGCCACUGGGAGCCCGGACUGCAGCAGCGACGCCUCCUUUGCCACUGCAUUGGAGGACUCUCUGCAGCCCCAGCGCCCUGCGGGGACACUGGGGCCCGCAGCCACCCUGUGGCCAUCUGAUGGGGCUGAGGCAGCUGGGGAUGGGGUACUGAGCUGCCAACUGCAGGCCCCGACGUUGACCACAGGGGCCACCAACGUGCCUGGUGACGGGGACUCGGGGGCCUUGCAUCCACAUGGCUCGGUGCCCCCCAUGUCCGACCUGCAGCUGCUCCAGGCCUUGCGAGCGCUGGGCCACAGUCCUGGCCCGGUCACCCCUUUCACCCGUGGACACUACUUGCGGCGGCUGCAGGAAGCCCAGGGUAGCCCGGGGCACAGCCCAGAACUGGCGGAGGUGCUGAGAACAGGCCGCGUUCCCGACUGCCAGGCGGAUGAGGCCGCCCUGGCUCAGCACUUUCAGCAGCCCGACCCCACGAAAAGGUGGCGGGGAGGCGUCACCAAGUCCAGCUUUACAUAUCUUCUUCUUGACCCCAGGCAAACGCAGGGACUGCCUGCCCGAGCCUCCUCCCUCACACUGGCUGAGUGUCUGCAAUGUUUCGUGGGAGCCAUCUUCUAUGUGGGCAAGGGGACCCGCGCCCGGCCGGAUGCCCACCUCUGGGAAGCCCUCGGCUACCGUGAACGCCCAGGGAAAAAGGCCUGUCCCAAGGUACACCGGAUCUUAGACAUCUGGGCCAGCGGCCGCGGUGUCCUUUCCCUACACUGCUUCCAGCACACGGCCGCUGUGGAGGCGUAUACGCGGGAGGCCUGCCUGCUGGACGCCCUAGGUAUCCAGACACUGACCAACCAGAAACAGGGCCACUACUAUGGAGAGGUUGCCCAUUGGCCACCCACGAAGCGGCGGCGCUUGGGGGUGUAUCUGCUGCACCGGGCUCUGCUGGUUUUCCUGGCUGAGGGGGAACGCGAGCUGAGGCCUCAGGACAUCCAGGCCCGAGGCUGAGUGCUGAGGACAUGAUAGUGAAGCAUGAGCCAUGGGGUGUCUGUGCAUCCCAGGGGCACGUCCCCAACUGUGUCCCUAACUCUGGCUUCAAAGGCUUGGUGUGUGUGUGUGUGUGUGUGUGUGUGUGUGCAAGUGUGUACGCGUGUGCUGAAGUGUGUGAGUGAUGCUAUCUAUGCCUAGGUGCGCCUGGAUAGGUAGUGAGCUUCCCAUUGUGUGUGCAGGGCAAACCAGCCGAGGGGCAGAAGGGCCUCUAGAACAUUCUACUUUCAGACCAGACAUGUUAGUGGUGGCCUACCACCACAACCUUCUGGAGGAUGGGGCAGGAGAAUUGCUAGUUGGAGACCAGCCUGGAGACUGGAAACUGGCAUACAUUUGUAUUUGGUUGGAGGCCUCUGUGGGUGUUUAGUGGUGACAAUCCUUCCCCAGUAGGUGUCCACAGUCCAGGGCCCAAAAUAUGCUCUUGGGAGCACAUUGAGGGUCAAGCAAGGCUGCAGAGCUCGGACUGACGGGGAGCCGAGUGUGUAUGCGUGUUUGUGUG